UUCAGAUAACAAUUUGUCUAGACUCUAGUUGUUGAAAAUUCUGCUUCGGUCUGUCGAUUCUGUGAGACUGCGAGUUAAUUGUUGGUUUUUAAUUUGAUGUCAAUAAGCGAUCGUCUGAAUCUCGAUGGGAAAUAAUUCUGAUUGAUUACACGGAAUCAUUUUGGUUAGAAUAAUCGCCAGGUAAGGUGGUGCAGGUGGAAAGACCGCUGGCAGACUGCGACAUGCUGCGUUGUGCGUGCUGAGCGUUUGAGAGCUAUCAACUCUACAGCAACCAUCAGCAUGCAGCCUGCCAGACGAGAAAACUGUUUUUCACGGCCGUUUUGUCAGUGCAGACCCUUUUGAGUAUUUUGUGGACUUUCCAGCGGGUGUCGUGUUACUAGUGGCAUCAUCUCCGCCUCGGAAAUAGUUCUUUAGUUGUUUCUUCGACAGCGAAGCUCCUCUCUACGUGCUGCGUGCUGUACGAAUCUGUCAGGCGCCGUAGCUGAAGGCGCUGACAGUACUGGGAACAGCGAAUAAGCAGGGCGCAAUCCGAGGGAAACCGAGAAACGGCUGAAAAAGGCACCGAUGGGGCAAUCGAACUCCCGCAACGUCGUUAGGUCCGCGUAGGCAGUACUUACCACUGCACCACGGCGCAGUACGUUGAAAUCCUUUGAAAGAUUUUGUCGCUUUGGGACUGGCUCUUUCUCACUUUGUACAGGCACCGUAUAUCGUCUCCUGAGUGCUCAACAUCUCGCACAUCUAACGCUCAGCGCCCCGUGGAGGCGUGGACCGCGCGAUGAUCCGCCGCGCACUGGCCGGUUCCCUGUACUGGCGCCGCGGCGGCGGGCGUGCCGCGGUCGCUGUACGCCGCGGUGCGCUGCGCCGUCCCCUCCGGACCAUCCCCGCAGACUGUCAGACCGUCGCAGACGGCGGCCUCCCCGUGUACGACCGCAUCGUCAACCAACCGCUGCGCGCCUUCGCCGAGCUUGUCCCCAUCCGCUGGCGCCAUCUCGGACGCCAGUUGACCGGCAUUCCCUGUGGAAUUCCCAACGGACAGGUCCCCGUCCGUCGCGAGGGGACGCAACCUGACACCGGCGGAGGAGCGCGGCCGGGCGCCUUCCUCGUCGCGUCCGUCGGCAGCCGUUUCCCGGGCGCUUUCCGCCGUCCUCCCCUCUUGAAACCGCGUUGCACGGCUGUCCGGCGCAGCUCGAGAUUCAUCCCGGAAGCGCCCGUUCCCCUGGCUGAUGCACACGAUAUAAUCGAGAGACUCCGUGAGAAACUCAGCGAGGCUGACGCAGACAGUGCGGGUGCGGACGCCAGCGCCGCAUCCGGCUCGUUCCCGGUGGAGGAAGUGGUCGCGGCGCUGCAGCGCGACGGAUACGCGGCCGUCCGCGUCCAACUGGCGUACCUGUUCAGCGUGGCCGAUGAGCUGGAUCCCCGGCAGUGCCUGCGGCUGGCGUCGGCUUGCCAGCUGAUUCUGCUGCAGCGCCGCUCCCGCCUGAAGGUCCUGUCGGCGACGCUGACCGCCCCGGGGGAGCUGUCCGACAGUGCGCUGCAUGCGCUGCGCAAGUGCCGCGACACGGAGCGGGAAGCGGUUGUCGAUGUUGCGUACGGGAUGAGUAAAGCUCUGUGGUACGCGGUUUCCGAGGAGCUGCGGGUGGAAUGCAGUAGCGUAGUGACACCGUUAGUUGGCGAACUGUUGAACGGCAGCUAUCGCGAAGAGACGACGGGCCGCUUCCUGACCGUGCUGGACACUUUACUGUCCUCCGUCGGCCGCUUGAUCAGCGGGCAGGAGCUGCCGGAAACACUGGAAAUGGCUAAUAAACCGCCGUUAAUCCGCGACCUGGACCAGGUGGAGGCCUUCGUCAACGCCCAGCUGUUCGAGACGGAUGUGGAGUUCGCCGUGGGAAUGCACAGCGACUACGACGCCGCGGACUGGGAGUACUUCGCCAACGAAUACCGCGGGGCGUGUCGCAUUCUGGUCCAUAUGAACUGGACGUACGCCGUAGUCCACGCCACGGACGUGCACAGCGUAGCCGCCACCGAGCUGAUGGACGCGGUCAAGAAGCAGUUGAACGGCAAGAGCAAAGAUUUUGUGGCUUACAGAGGAGUGGAUUUGGAGGGUAUUGUUGAUCGGCUGGGGUGUGGCUUAGUGUACCCGAGGAAAGUGGAGGAAAUACUCAAGUUUUCCAAACGGUUAACCGGGAAAUUCCCCAACCCGGCUGUGAUUGCGUGUGAAGUGUCUUUCACGCACGAGACAAUUACGCACCUCUUCCUUAAAGCGGCUAACCUGCUGGGGCCGACUACCGAUUUUCAGUAUUGUAUUGUCGUGAAGGUCAACGCUGAACCACCGGAGAAAGGCGCCUUCUGGGCGAACUUGUACGUUUUUCGUCGGGUCUCCCAUCCCCACACCAAGCAGCCCACCACCGACGAGGAGAGCUGUCGCCCCGCGCAUAUAAGCAGUCAUGCCGCCGAGUACGAAGUCAGCGGCGAAAAAGUGACCAAUCGACAGGUGGAGACGAUGACGGCCGCCGAGAUCCUGCGUGUCUUCGACAUGCACCUCAUGUUUCAGCACCGCGCCGACGAAAGCAGCAUCAACGACCGCGUGCAGUUCAACCUGGAUAUUUUGUAUCCAGACGGAUCCUCGCGGCUUUUCACGGUCUUGUUGGAAGACGAUUAUUUUGACGACGUCUUGGAUGAAUGGCAGGAGUACUGGAAGAAACAGGCUGCGAAGAAAUCCCUUGCCAAAACCGGGCGACGGCGGCCAGCCAGGGCAGUCAAAGGCACGAAACGGCAAGAAGAAGGCCAAGUAGUUAUGUCCUCGUACGACCCCGCUUCACGAUGAUUGCGGCGAGAGCUUUCCUACAGAUUUUGUUUCUUUUUACCUGUUGAUGUCUAACUGCAGUUUCGCACCAGUGUCAUGGUAACAAUACUGAUGAGAAUUCUUUUGACUUGUUUUCUUAUUUUUAUGCUUUUUUAAUCGUUGGUACGAAGUUACGAACCACCGUUAACCAGUAAGAAAAAUUCUAAUAAACCGCUGCCAACA